CAGGGCAGCCACUGCCACUCAACCGCAUCAAAUGGGCUCGAUUCUGGGCGAGAGCAUUUCUCGUGCGGCGACAGCAUGUUGAAGGCCCGUCUGGAGGAGGACGGCGUCCUGGGCCGCUGUUUGGCCACCGCGUCCUCCGUGGAGCGGGGUGAGUUGGUCCUGGAGGAGCUGCCCUUUGCCCGAGGGCCGAAACGCGACAGCGGAAUCGUCUGCCUCGGAUGCUACCAAUUUCUGCAGUUCGGAGAGGACGGCGAAUCGCUGGACCGCUGCGAACUCUGCGACUGGCCGCUGUGCGGAUCGUGUGCGGACGAGGGUGACGCCACCGAUCACGGCGGAGAGUGCCAGGUCUUCUCCGCCGCACGUGUCACUUUCGCCGGGAAUGUGAGCGAUGACGGCGUCUGCCCGCAACUAGAUUGCAUAACACCAUUGAGAGUUCUGCUGGCCAAGGAGGCGAAUCCCGGGCGAUGGGACAGUGAGGUGGCCCCGAUGGAGCAUCACGAGGAGGAGCGGAAGAAGGACUCGGAUGUGUGGCAUGCGGAUCGGGUCAACAUUGCCCAGUACUUGCGGGGUCCCUGCAAACUGGCCUCCCGUUUCAGCGAGGAGCUGAUCAUGCAGGUGGUGGGUGUGCUGGAGGUGAACGCCUUCGAGGCCAGGAGCCCCAAGGGCUAUCCCCUGAGGUGUCUCUUCCCCUACACCGGAAUCCUGGCCCACAGCUGCGUGCCAAACACAUGCAGGAGCAUCUAUCCCAGCGAGGGCUACAAAAUCCGCCUGCGUGCCAUGGUGGACUUGGAGGAGGGCCAGCCUCUGCAUCACAGCUACACGUACACCCUGGAUGGCACUGCCCAGAGGCAGAGGCACCUGAAGCAGGGCAAGUUCUUCGACUGCAAGUGCGAUCGCUGCCUGGAUCCCACCGAACUGGGCACACACUUUUCCAGCCUGAAGUGUGGUCAGUGCGCAGAGGGAAACCAAGUGCCCAGGCAGCCAACGGAUCCAGACAGCAGUUGGAACUGCGGCAGCUGUGGAUCCGUCACCAGCAGCUCGGAGGGACAAACGAUGCUGCAAUCGCUGCAAACCGAGGUGAAUGCUGUGCAAGCCCUGGCGAUGGGGGCCAAGCGAUUGGAGGAAGUGGAACGACUGCUGCGCAAGUACAAAUCCCUGAUCCAUCCGAUGCACUUCAUCGCCACGGGGCUGCGCCAGCUGCUCAUCGAGAUGUACGGACGGGUGCCGGGCUACGAAAUGGUCCAGCUGCCGGAUCACCAGCUGGAGCGCAAGGCGGAGCUGUGCCGCCAGGUGUUGCGAGUGCUGAAUACCUUCGAGCCGGGACUGAGUCGAACGCGGGCGAUGAAUCUCUACGAGCUGCAUGUGCCGCUGGUGCUCCUGGCCAAGAGUGGCUUCAUAGCCGGCCGUCUGAAGGGCGGAGAACUGCGGGGCCGGCUCGUCGAUGCCAUCGAUCUGCUGAAGGAGUGCGUGGAGAUCCUGGAGUUCGAGGACAAGAGCUCGCAGGAGGGAGUGCUCUGUGUGGUGGCCAAGCAGGCGCUCGAACAGCUCAGUUUGAGCGUGGAGGGUCUGGGAAACGAACUCGAUUGAUUACUUAUGCAUAUCGGAUAGCUUUAUUGGGAACACGAACUGCGGAUGAUGGUGUUACAUUCAAAGUGCUUGUUAGUGCUGGUCGAUGGUCGUAAAUGUCAAAAGAACAAUAAACUACAACUAAAAGGUGAUUAAAAUUAAUACGAAUACUUUUGCUGCACAGUA